GUCGAAAGCCUCGUCUUGUAAAGAGAAUAUAGGCAAGCAGACCAAGCAAAGAACUGGGGUCUACUCUGCUGUUGGGUUGCCCUUGGAUUCAAUCAAGACGUUAUUUUAUUUACAGAUUGGUUGAUCGAUAAAUUAGAUAGUGUUUAUUGAAUAUGCUGAGAAAUGAAGUGUAGAUAUAGUAGAUGGGGUGCGUUUUUGGUAGAGAGGUUUCCUCAGGCAUAGUUCAUGAGUCUAAGGAAAGCAGUAGAGAAGCUGAAAGUUAUGAGAGAAAGAAGAGGAAGAAUCCGAAUGUUUCCGAGUUUAGUGACCGUUUAGAGUUGGCGGUGACAACAAAGGUCGAUAAUGGUAGUGCUAGGUUUGAUAUUGGUGGGACCCAAAAAGAGGAGAAGGUGGCUGUUGAUGGAAGGCAAAGGGGUGAGGGGAGACGGCCGAGGCCAAAUCCGAGGCUGAGUAAUCCCACUAAGAAUAAGCAGGGGGAGCAAGUUGCUGCGGGGUGGCCCUCUUGGCUCUCUGUUGUUGUUGGGGAAGCAAUUGAGGGUUGGCUUCCUCGACGUGCUGACAGUUUUGAGAAAAUCGAUAAGAUUGGACAAGGAACAUAUAGUAAUGUGUACAAAGCAAAGGAUACUAUUACAGGUAAAAUUGUUGCGCUAAAGAAGGUACGGUUCGAUAAUUUGGAACCUGAAAGCGUAAAAUUUAUGGCUAGAGAGAUUAUCAUUUUGCGGCGACUAGAUCAUCCUAGUGUUAUUAAAUUGGAGGGUUUGGCCACUUCGAGAAUGUCGUGUAGUUUGUAUUUGGUGUUGGAGUACAUGGAUCAUGAUUUGGCUGGACUUGCUGCUAGCCCAGAAAUCAGUUUUACUGAAGCACAGGUUAAAUGCUCCAUGCAUCAGCUCUUUUCUGGACUUGACCAUUGUCACAGCCGUGGUGUGCUCCACCGUGACAUCAAAGGCUCAAAUCUUCUUCUUGACAAUGAAGGAAUACUUAGGAUAGCUGAUUUUGGGUUGGCUACAAUUUUCGAUCCUAAUCACAAGCACCCUCUGACUAGUCGGGUGGUUACACUAUGGUAUCGGCCUCCAGAGCUUCUUCUUGGGGCUACUGAUUAUGGUGUAGGUAUAGACCUAUGGAGUGCAGGUUGCAUUUUGGCCGAGUUAUUGGCGGGAAAGCCCAUUAUGCCUGGUCGUACAGAGGUAGAACAGCUGCAUAAGAUAUACAAGCUAUGUGGGUCACCUUCAGAAGAAUAUUGGAAAAAGUCAAAGUUGCCUAAUGCCACUCUAUUUAAGCCCCGAGAACCUUACAAGCGAUGCAUUAAGGAGACAUUUAAGAAUUUUCCUCCAUUGUCGUUGCCAUUGAUUGAUACUCUUCUUGCAAUUGACCCAGUAGAACGCAAGACGGCAGCAGAUGCAUUAAGAAGGGAAUUCUUCACCAUGGAACCAUAUGCUUGCGAUCCUUCUAGCCUCCCACAAUAUCCCCCAACCAAAGAGAUGGAUGCAAAAAAGCGGGAUGAUGAAGCUCGAAGGCUCAGAGCUGCUAGUAAAGCCCAGGGUGAUGGUGCUAAGAAAACACGCACACGUGAUCGUGCUGGUCGGGCAAUUCCUGCUCCAGAAGGCAAUGCUGAGCUUCAAUCUAAUCUGGAUCGUCGGCGUCUAAUCUCCCAUGCAAAUGCAAAGAGCAAGAGUGAAAAGUUUCCUCCACCACACCAGGAUGGAGGACUUGGUGUUCCUGUGGGUGCUUCCCAUCACAUUGAUCCUGCCUUUAUUCCUCCUGAUGUGCCAUUCAGCUCCACCUCAUUCUCGUAUUCAAAAGAAUCUGUUCAAAAUUGGUCAGGUCCUUUGGUAGAUCCUGCUGCUAUUGACACCAGGAGGCGGAAGAAGCACGGUGCAAGUGAUUCACGACAACCAACAAAACUGUCUACAGGCAAGAAGGACAACAUUGGCAAUGUUUGAGGCAAACAAGAGGAGAGCUUGGUUGAGUUUUGUGGCAUACACUGAUAAUCAGAUGUAUUGGGUUGGCAGCUGGUGAUACAAUCCCAAGAGAAGUCGUCAAGCUGUUUGAGACAGGCCUAUAUAACCUGCCUGGAAAGGCGGUCAAGUGUGUUUAAAGGUGACACGUUAUCUUUCAAUUUUUACUUAAAUCAUAAAUUUUUUUCGUGGGCGCUGACGCUUCAUCAAGUAUAAAGAUUUAUUUAACUUUUUUUUGCUCUAUUUGUUAGGUUAGUGAGAAGCUUCCCAAUUUUUUUUUUAUAUAUUGAUGUUUAUCGAUCCAUUGUGUUUGAAACCAAUGCCAUUUAUCUGCAGGAGAAAAAAACCAAAAAAAAAAACUGCUACAGCUGGUGAAAAUAUGGAUAUUCAUUUGAGCACAAUACCAUUGAAUCUUUUGUUUGGCAUGCUAACUACUUUGAGACAGAUAUGGCUACUAUAUUGUGCCCCCUUUCUUUCUUCCAUGUAAUGAAUAUAAGGAACUUGUGCUUCACAGUUGAGAACUGUACAAUCACUUUGGAGGUUUGAGGGGUGUCUUGAAAUGCUUCUAUCUUGUUAGCAGUCAUUUCAAAUAUUGUUUUUUAAGUUAGAAACAUUGAAGAGGAGGCAGAUCCUUGACAAUUGGGUGUUAAAAGUCAUCGACUCAAAGAGAAUUGAGGUGGAAAAGAACUAGAAUGUUGCAGAAAUACUGUCUGAACCAUGGCAACCAAAUAAUUACACCUCAGGUUGAGCAGCCUCCAGUGAAUCAGGUAGACAUUGAACAUGCUAUUGUGCAUUAUUGCAG